CCUAAAGUUCCCGGGGAGACGGGAAUCUCUCAGAGCAAUGCCUCCAUAAAGAGCAUACCGUGUCUUUCGAAUGGGGUCUUCACUACGUCGCGAGACUCUACUUCCGGUCGGUACCCUCAACAACCCGAUGGCUCGGCGGACGGAACGCGGCAGCUCACCCCUACCGUCUCCAUUUACACCCUCAACUCUUGCAGCCAGGAACAGCUCGACCUGACGUCCUCAACAAACAAUCUCCUUGACGCCAUCGCCUCCCCUGCCAGCUCGCCAGAGGCAGCACCUACCUCCUCGAGACCAUCGCCCAGGUCUAAGGGCGCCGCCAUGUUGAAAAACUUAAGAUCACGUGGUAAGAAGACGCUGUCGCUUAGCAACCUUCUGCCACAUAAGAACAACGAAAUCACCGAGCCGGUCAAGGCCGUCAAAUUCAAAUCGUUCGCCGACAACCAGAAUGCAAAUGGGACCAUUCAGUGCCCCUCACCUCGGAGUCAGGCUCCCUCUAACUCGAGACACUCCAUCCUUAAAUCGACGUCAUCUCCGAUCGUGUACAAGACGAGCAAUGAGAUGGUGGAUGACGGAAAGAGAUUUAGCAGCUUCCGCGCAGCAAGCUUCAAGGCAAGUAUUGCUAAUUCUGUCUCGUUACUUUAUCCCUAAAAUUAGCUUCCAUACAUCAAAAGAGGUAUCUUGUCUCUGAUGUCCAACAAUAAUCAUUAUUGAAUAAUGAUUAUGUUAAAGAGGACACAACGCUAAUGAUUCGCGUAGAUGAGUGGUUCUCAAACUUCUUUUCCAAUAUCUGCGCUCAUAAAACAGUAUAGUUAUUUAAACUGAGUAACAUUGUUACUCAGAUAGAAGAUGGUUCUGGAGAAAGAUAUUAAUAAUUUAUUUGUUUGUUUGAUAGUGCGUCUUAUUUCACUGAAAUAAAAUUAUUUUAAAAAAAUAAAAAAGGAAUAAUGAACAUUACAAUGUUUCGGGGUGCCCCUGUGAGAAAGCCGCACAUCAACUGGGCGCCACGGCGCACACUGUAUGGACCACUGGUGAAGAGCAUAACUAAAAAUCAAUACUGCCGGCUGAAAAGGAGUUCAUAGGGAAACCAAAAAUUGUUUAUUUUUUGACCGGAGUUAAAUGUAUAUUCUUUUUGUACACUUUUAUUUUGCUUCCUAAAUUACGUAGAAUAGGGGUCACCAACCUUUUUGCCCAGAGGCCCGGCAUGGAAUUUUUUAAUUUUUUUUUUUCAGGAGCGAUUCACUUGAUACUUUUUUUUAAAAUUUCAAUCGUAUACACCAGUAACAAUGGUUUUUGAAAGUUAAUUCCCGUGCUCAUUUCGCAAAAAAUAAUAGUUAUAAUAUGAACAUUUUAUGUGAAUAAUAUUAUUUAUUUGACAAGUGUACAAAUUGUACACCGUGAUUAAUAGUUUUCAUAGAGUUGGACAGAUAAUCCUUCACAAUGUGUACAAUUUUUAAAAAAAACAUAAAAACCCCAGUUCUGGAAAGGUCCUUUUGGGCAACAUCAAUCGUUUCACUGGGCCGCCUGUGGCCCGUGGGGCGCCUGUGGCCCGUGGGGGGCAGAUUACCCCCGACCCUCCACUAGAGACAUGUUUCAGCCGUUAUCCAAACAGGUAUAUUAUGACAGGAAGUUCUAGUAAGACCAGAAUGAUUAUGUUUUAGACCAUUUUAUUUUAAAUGUAAAUUAUUAUUUUUUUUUAUUAUUAUUUAUGUAACUUAUUUUAUUGUGCGUAGUCUUUUUUUUAUAUUUUUGUUUGUUUCAACGGGGGUGGGCCUUUUUGGGCAGGUGUAAAUUUUUUAAGUCGAUUUUUACCAUUCUCAAAAUUUCCGUGCAGAAAAAUCGGUUACCGGAAAUUUGAUGGAAAGAAAUUUGAUGGACGGAAAAGUGAUCAAACGGAAAUUUGGUCGAAUCUUUUUUCAGUGCCCACCUUAAAAUUUUUGUCAAAUUUAUUUUUGAACGCAUUAUUUCGUUUUAUUAUAUAGUAUAGUGCGUUCGAAAAGAAAUUUGAAGCAAAAUUUUAAUUUAAAAACUGAAGGAAAAAAAAGAAUUCGACCAAAUUUCCGUUCGAUCAAAUUACCGUCGAUCAAUUUACCGUCGACGAAAUUUCUUUCCAUCAAAUUUCCAGAUAAGAGUAAAAUCAGCUUGACAUCAUACUGUAUGUACCAGCGAUUGACCCCCGUGUACUCUUUGGUUUCGACGUAACGCCAGUUAAGCGAGUGCUGGCAGACCUAUAUUAUUACCAACGAACACACCUCGUUAUACACAGACAGAGGGAAUUAAUGGGGGGGGGGGGGGGGGCCGCCCUUUUAAUGGGGGGGGGGGGUGGACGACCUUUUUCUAUUUAUACUUACUUUUUCAGGGUGUCGACGUAUGUCAUUGAACGAAUUUGUGGAAUUUAAAACAUGUAUUAUUAUAAGCUAUGACAAGUAUAACAUAUUUAAUUUCAUGAAGAUAGAGGCAGAGAAGGGUUUUACAAAAUAGUAUUGAUUUAAUUUAGGUGAUUUAAAAGAAUUGCACUGGGCAUAUCAGUUGGCGAACUUAGUGUGCACUUGUACAGCUCAUCGCAAGCACAUGCCUUUGAGUUACAUAUAUAUAUAUAUAUAUAUAUAUAUAUAUAUAUAUAUAUAUACUGGAAGUUAUGAACCGGUGUUAUCCGUGUGGCAUAUUGCGGUACUAGCCUUCAGCUUUUGCAUAGUCUUGCUUGUGUGUGCUCUGGUGUUUAAUAAAUUUGGCUUUGGUAAUUUAAAUACAUUUUCAUGUACUACACCUUCAAAAUAAAAACAAAAAAAUAAAAAAAAAUUUUUUUUUAAAACUUGCUCUUCAAAUGUAUGUUCAGGAAAUGGAAAAUUCGAGUUGAUUUGUUUUUAAAGAACCGUAUAUUUAUAGCUGUUAAUCUUUGUAGCAUCAAUUGAUUUUGAGAAAUUGAUAACUCUAAUUUAAGUAACAUAUUAUAUUUACCACGCCCCAGAUUUAUAAUGAAGAAAUAUACAUAGAUCAUUUAUAUAUAUAUAUAAACAUUAUUUAAACAUCUGUAACAUUAUCAGAUUUUUAGACAUUAAAUUCGUCAUUAAAAAAUUCCAGACAAUAGCCCGGUUUCUGAACUACAGGUUCAGAAAAUCGUAAAGAACACAGAUUUCUUAAAUCUAGAAAAUCUAAAAAAUUUAGUUCACCAAUAUUGCCGAUUGUAACAAGUUUCAAACAGAAAAAAAAAAUGUAAGACUUAUCUCAUAAAAAUAAUUCCACCUUGAUAUUCAAUUUUUUAGUUUUUAUACUUACUUCAUCAUUACUGUAUCACAAUGAUACUCACCGCACGCUAUAACUCUAAACGCGCUGGUAAUGAAUUAAUUUCUUUUCAAGCUGGAUGAGUCCGAGACGAAGUCUAAGCACAAAGACCACGGGAACGUGCUCUCUACCAUUGAAGAU